AUGUCUCAAUGCAAACCUGCUCCUACUCCGCAUUUGCAAGUUUGUUUCUUUAUGCAUGAUCCUAGAGUCGCUCAUAUGGCUGCUCUUCAUCGUAUUCUUCGGAAUCUUCAAGGUACUCUUGAUCAUGGUUUGCAAUUAUAUAAGUCCCCCAUUUCUUCUCUAUUGUCAUAUAUGGAUGUUGAGUGGGGUGGUUGUCCUAACACCCGUCGUUCUACCUCUGGCUAUUGUGUGUUUCUGGGUGAUAAUCUGGUUUCUUGGUCCGCUAAGCAUCAACCUACUGUUUCUAAGCCUAGUGCUGAGGAUGAAUUUCGUGGUGUUGCCAAUGUUGUUUUCAAGACUUAUUGGAUUCGUAACUUACUCCUUGAGCUUCGUUGUCCUAUUUCUACUGCUACUCUUGUUCAUUGUCCGGCAGCCCAGUUAAUCAUCAACGGAUGA